CAGAGUGCGUGAGCCUUUGGUCCCCCACCGUGCCUCUCCCCGCCUCCACCUUCCCAUGUGAACCUCCCCUUCUCUCUCUCGCUUUAUCUCUGGAUCAAGGCGCCACCACCAAUCUCACCCACCCGCUCCACCUUAUCUCCUCGCUCCCUUUUCUUCUUCGUCUGCAAGCAAACGAGAAGGAGAGAAAACCCUACCGAGCACAUCCACCUCACCAUGGCGCCGCCUCCCCAGAGCACCCCUCGCCGAGCCGAGGGCACCAGAAGAUCCGCGUCGUCGUCCUCUCCAUCUCUGUGCGAGGAAUCGGUAUGGGACUCAGUAAUUCGAGCGCAGUGUCGCCGAUUCUCCGCGCAGAUGGGCGUGCUUCUUCUUCAAUUCUGUCCGCUCUCGUCCUCCUCCGGCCAAACCAUGCCCACCUCCGCACUCCUGAUGCCAUCGCCAGCGGUACUCCGGCAAGCUUCCGGCGCCAACUCCACUAGAUCAUGGUCGCCCACGUCAAGGCGCACCUCCGACACCAUCGCCCUCGCCUUGGUUCGGUCCAAAUCGACCUAUCCAUCUCCGACCUGUUCCUCCGCCAUUGAUGCAGUGGGCAAGCUCGUCCCCGCCUACUGUCUGUUCUUCUUGACUUGUACCACUCACUCGACAAGAACUGCAGCAUAGCCCAGUGGUUCGUUGCUCUGUUCUGUUUUGAUCAGAUCGUGUGUUCAAUUCCCAGGGAAGGCAAAAUAAACACCUUUUUGUUCCUUUCUCCAUUCCGACAGGUGGGGCCCGUUUGUCAGCGACCAACAGAUCCACCUCAGCGCCGCCGUCCCAGUCAGCGCCUCGUCACCUCCCUGGCCCGC